CGAGUAAAUUAAUGUUAAUUAAAAAACAUUACAAUGGUAGUAAAGUAGGAAGCUAGACCUCAUAUUCAUUUAAGCAUCAUAAAACGAACAUGAAACCUCAACGAGAUGUGGGAAAUGAGCAGUUUGUACAACUCACUUUCAACACUAACCAAACAAACAAAGGUUAACACAGGUUGUAAAAACAACAUCACUGGAGUACAAAAAGAAAUAAUUCAAAGAAAAUUAUUGGAUGCUGUUGAUAAGAAUGAUUUAAUUUAUCUAACAAGAAAGUUAUAUCACGUCAAUGAAUUAGUGGAUUCUCUUAUUGGUGGAACAACUUUACUGUGUUCAGCUGUGCAGAAAAAUAAAUAUGGCAUUGUUAAAUUGCUUUUAUUUAAUGGAGCGAACCCAAACAAAACGGAUGACAGCCAUACAAGUCCACUUCAUUAUGCAGUAACGACACCGAGUAAUUAUAUAACAACUACCUUAUUGCGUUAUGGAGCAAAUCCUUUGCAGAAAGACAGUAAUAACAUGUCAGCGUUAGAUUUAUCCUCAAAUGAUACAACAUUCACCGAAUGUUUAAAACACUUGCCUGAUUUAAAUGCUCUACCCUCAAAUUUUCCAACUAAAGAUCUUAAACAAUCUGAGAAAUUAGCGUUUAGGAGGGCUUUAAGAGAAAGAAACAUUGCUGCCUUAAACAUACUAAAAUCAAGAAGCGUAAUAGGGGAUUCCAUUAACCAACAAGAUAUAAACGGCGACACGAAUCUUCAUCUUGCUUUAAAAAGUCGUGAUUAUAAGCUUGCGUACAUACUAAUUGGAUUCAAUGCUAGAUGUGAUCUACAGAACAGUUUAGGGGACACUGCCAUUCAUAUCAUGGUAAGGCAGCAGAAAUUUCAAAUUUUAAUGCAUUUAUUUCAGUUUUCGUUUGUGGCUACGGAUGAUUCCAGGAAUAAGUGGUUGGAAAUUUUGAAAAUCCGAAACAAUGUAGGCAGUACGUCAUUACACGAAGCUGUUCAUGUAAAAAACGUUAAGUUCGUUUAUCACAUCUUACAUGAGUUGUGUUCCUGUAUAGAUCAGAAGCUGUUAACAAUCGAGAAUGACCAAGGAGAAAGUCCAGUUCAUUUAGCAUUAAAAACACAAAACAAGAAAUUGACUGUUGCCUUAUUUAAGGCCUUUGUUGAGAUUAAAAACUUUGAUGAGCAUUCUAAAAAAACCAUGAAAAACAUUCUCAAUUUGAUUCCACUUUGGAGGUCGACGCCUAUUUAUUUUCAGUACAUAGAGAAGGUAAUUGAUCAGUAUAUGCAGUACGCUAUCUGUGAACAUGCUAUUAUUAACAGGUACUCCGAUGCUCUUGACUAUCUCUUAAAAAACGGAAUUCGCUAUGACAUAAAAGAUGACAGUGAAAAAAACUUAUUACAUGUUGCAGCGCAGUAUGGUAGUCUCGAAGAAAUUAAAGUCCUUUUAAAAAACGGAGGCAAUGUUAGAGAGAGGAAUCAAAAGACAGGAGAUUUACCCUUACAUUACGCUGCAUUAACCAAUACACUAGACGUUGUGACAUUUCUUUCCCAACUUACUAUUAACAUUUGCUUUGCAAACCUUGUAAAUCAGACACCGUUACACAAAGCCUUAAUUCUAAAGCGAGAUGCUGUUGCGUCUAUUUUAAUAGAUGCUAUGCCUUAUAUGUGGUUUGAGGAUCUUGAUGGAAACUCUCCCUUGCACCUUGUUCUUUUAAAUUUUACAUCAAUCAGAAACAUACGCCAACUUAUUGCAAAAGUUACUUCAAUCCGGUUACUUACCGUAGAAAAUAAAAAAGGAGAAUCACCAUUACUGUUGGCAUUAAGACUUAAGAACAUUGAUCUUAUGAAAUACAUUUUUGAUAAAAUUCCAGGUUCUAUGAACACAAAGUACAUAACUGAUAGUAUGUGUUCAAAGCUUUUACAAAACCAAAAUCCGACCGAAAACACCAUAGAAUUUUUUAGGUUGCUAUUUCAAGAAUUUAGAAGUAAAGGAUAUGAAUCUGGGAUUUUUGAAAUUUCUGUUAAACUUAUCUAUCAAUCAUACAAAUACGGCUUUAAUGACCUUGCCCAAUUCCUCAUUCAGGAAAAUUCUUCCUUCACCACUUUUAUGUAUAGAGCAGUUUUUCAUAAACUGGAUAGAAAUUUUAUUAAGUUUUUGGCGGUAAAUAGUGAGGAUGGUGGUUCCCAUUAUAACCAAAACCAAAGAGCCUUAAACGUGGAAAUAGUUGCCAAGGAAGAAAAAGCAGUCAGAUUUCUGUUGAGACUUUUCACCGAUAUAAAUGUUUCUAAAGAAGAUAAGAUUUCUUGUCUGGUUAUGGCACUUGAAGAUAAUACUCUCAGGGACGGAUAUUUGAAUCAUGAAACUCUGAAUGAAAUUUCCAAACUCCUGAUUGAAACUCUGCGCUCUAAUUUUUACAAUGCUACUAAUUGUUUUCUUGAUUUUUUGGAAAAUAAUGUAAUAAACGUUGACACUCUCACACUUAGUGAAGCAAUUAGAGCUUAUGAUGGCACAGAAGAAAGCAAAAGCCAACUAAAUCGAUUAUUAAAGCUUGUCGAUGAAAACGUACUUGACAAAAAUGGGAAGCUGGCUUUAAACGUUGCAGUUAAGUUGAAUAAAAAGCAGGUCGAUGAUAUGUUGUUUAAGAGUUAUGCCUCUAUAAAUAUACCUGAUAGUAAUGGACUCAAUCCUAUUUAUUAUGCUAUCCAGGGAAGUCAUUAUGAGAUAACUAACCUAUUCUUGUUAAUUUGCGAAAAAAAUUCAAUAGCUGUCGACACUUCCAAUCUUACUGAAGCAAUCAAAGUUUACGAUUGCACAGAAGAAAGCAAAAACCAACUAAAUCGAUUAUUAAAGCUUGUCGAUGUAAACGUACUUGACAAAAAUGGGGAGCUGGCUUUAAGCGUUGCAGUUAAGUUGAAUAAAAAGCAGGUGGUUGAUAUGCUGUGUGAAAAUUAUGCCUCUAUAAAUAUACCUGAUAGUAAUGGAUUUAAUCCUAUUUAUUAUGCUAUCCAGGGAAGUCAUUAUGAGAUAACUAACCUAUUCUUGUUAAUUUGCGAAAAGAAUUCAAUAGCUGUCGACACUUCCAAUCUUACUGAAGCAAUCAAAGUUUACGAUUGCACAAAAGAAAGCAAAAACCAACUAAAUCGAUUAUUAAAGCUUGUCGAUGAAAACGUACUUGACAAAAAUGGGGAGCUGGCUUUAAGCGUUGCAGUUAAUUUGAAUAAAAAGCAGGUGGUUGAUAUGCUGUGUGAGAAUUAUGCCUCUAUUAAUAUACCUGAUAGUAAUGGAUUCAAUCCUAUUUAUUACGCUAUCAAGGGAAGUCAUUAUGAGAUAACUAACCUAUUCUUGUUAAUUUGCGAAAAGAAUUCAAUAGCUGUCGACACUUCCAAUCUUACUGAAGCAAUCAAAGUUUACGAUUGCACAAAAGAAAGCAAAAACCAACUAAAUCGAUUAUUAAAGCUUGUCGAUGUAAACGUACUUGACAAAAAUGGGGAGCUGGCUUUAAGCGUUGCAGUUAAGUUGAAUAAAAAGCAGGUGGUUGAUAUGCUGUGUGAGAAUUAUGCCUCUAUUAAUAUACCUGAUAGUAAUGGAUUCAAUCCUAUUUAUUACGCUAUCCAGGGAAGUCAUUAUGAGAUAACUAACCUAUUCUUGUUAAUUUGCGAAAAGAAUUCAAUAGCUGUCGACACUUCCAAUCUUACUGAAGCAAUCAAAGUUUACGAUUGCACAGAAGAAAGCAGAAACCAACUAAAUCGAUUAUUAAAGCUUGUCGAUGUAAACGUACUUGACAAAAAUGGGGAACUGCCUUUGAAUAUUGCAGUCAAGUUAAAUAAGAAGCAUGUUAUUAAUAUUCUCUGUGACAAAACCAGUUACGAUGUCUCUGUAAAUUUAUCCGAUGGAAAUGGAUUUAGUGCCAUUGACUAUGCUAUUCAGAGAGACGAUUAUAAGCUAACUAGGAUAUUAUUGUCAUUGUUGAAAGAAGGAGAUCGACGUGUUAAUUCGAGAGGUAAUACAUUAUUGCAUUCAAUUAUCGAACAGAGUAGUAACCGAAUAAUUUCACAAUUAUAUCGUCAACCUGAAUAUUUUCAGCGUUGCAGCCAUAUUAAUGUGAACGCCACAAAUUUUGAUGGAAAUACACCCCUUGAUUUAGCUUUACUGGUGGGGAAUGAAGUUGCGUUAGAUUAUCUUCUAAUCUUCGAAGCAGAUUUAAGUAUAUCAACCAGGAACAAACAAAAACUCAUAGAAAUAUUUCAGCAGUCUCCCACUAAAAUUUUAAGAAUGAUAGAAUUGUUAGUAAAAAAACAAAUUCCUGAAGAAAUGGAGUGUCCUAUUUGCAAUGAGAUUUCUCAACAGAUGUUCACAUGCGUGAACGGGCAUUCUAUUUGUGAUCAAUGCGCAAAGCACCCGAGCAUAGAAAACUGCCCGAUGUGUCGAGUUCGCUUUAAAGGAAACUGCACGUGUAAUAUUAAAAACGAGAGGUGGUUCAGAGCCAUGUUGAUGCAACUUGAAAGACAAGGAUCCUAUCAUUAUAUUCCACCUUGCUCUUGUUGUGAUUUUUGAUUUUCUGGCAUGACUGGAAUAUUUUGUAUUCUUUUGACUACUAAUUAAUAUUAGCAUUA